UCGAGAGGGUAAGGAGGUGCAGCUGCUUGCAAAGAGAACUGCCCCAACUGCGUGAGGUAUGGAAGGACGCCGAUUCACGUCCGAGCUUAUGGGGGAGUAUGACGACGCCAUGGAUUCUGAUCGGUCAGGUGUAGAGGACAUCGCUGGCACUCAGAUGGACCGAGGUGGAGGUGUGCAGCGUGGCUCGGCACGACAAUGGCCGCACACACCGUUCAGCAACGAGGGAUUCCAGCCCGGUGCACAGCAAUGGCUGUACACAUCGGUUCCACCUUCGAGCCGGGGAGGGCAAGCGGGAGGUGGAGCGGGAGCGGGUGUUCGUGGUUCUUCCUCCUUGUAUGCUCGCCAAGCGGUGCAGAUGCAUGACGAGUCCAUCGGUGUUUACCCGCCCGCUGAACUGCCGUCUAACGCGUGGGGAGGGGCGGUAGGCAACGACGAUCCGUCUGCUGCAUGGGCACCGGGGAGUUCGCAGGGUAUGGCGCAUUCCCCGUACGGAUCGGUCAUGUCAUGCGGUGUUGCAGGUCCACGACGCUCGUCGCCGGGUGGAAGAAUGGAGAACGUCGUGAUGGCCGAUCACACGGAAAGGCAGUCGCACGUUCCCGCAAACGUUUAUCCACAGCCCCAAACCAUGCGCGCUCAGGUACAAGGUCCAGUGCCUGCACGUUUGUCUGAAGGUGGAUUCAUGCAUGGUCAGUCGUCGGGGUGGGGGGGUGGAUUUUCAAGCUUUGGAACAGCUGGCGGUGGAGAAAGGACUGCAUUUGCGGUUGAGGGGUGGCAUGGCRAGACAACUGCGAUGCAGUUCGGUGAUGAGGCCGUUGCUUCUUCCACACCUUCUCGGUCAGGGGGGCCUGCAGGCAAUGUCACGGGCAAAAGGACAGCGGACGAUGCUGUCGGCGAAGGUUCGGUCAUGCGGGGCGAUGUCGGUCGAUCGGCGGAGGAUACGGCGUCGGGGCAAAAGAAGCAGCGUGUGAGGAGGGCGCCGAGGGCGGAGGGGGGGAAGAAGAACAACCAGUGGACCUUGGAGGAGCGGAUAGCGUUGGCGAGGAAUUGCGCGGAAGACGAUGCCCUCAUGGCCGACGCCAACGCCGUGCAUAAGCACAAGACGCGUGCCAAAAUAUACGAAUGGAUCGCAUAUCGAUUGAAGGAGGAGGGGUACAACAGGACAGCGGAGGACUGCAAAAGAAGUGGACGAAACUCAAGGAGAUCGUUAGCCAGAUCGGGGAUAAGUGCUACAGGUCUGGGGAGGCAGGGUACUUCAACAUGACUACAGAGCAGCGACGGGAGUAGGAGGUCUGCACAACGUUCGAG